AUGGACACGGCUACUGCUGAAAUUGUUAUCUUUGCCCCAUCUUCAAUGACCAAACAAAUUACACCAUCUAUUAUUCACACCUCACAUCCAUUGCGCAAAGGCUCUGUUUCAUUUGACUUGCCACCAGAACAGCAGCACCAGCAGCCGCAAGAAGAAGAGCUGCUAUCGCCAUGCAUCACAUCGCCCAUCAUUGAUAUCAAUGCGCAACCAGUGCCAGAUACCAUGCUGGUUGCUCUUGUGGAUCGCGGCUCAGAAAUGAGAGACCUUGUGCGCUUUAAUAAGCCAUUCUUCUCUACCAUGGCAAAUCAUCUGGAUACAAAAUGGUCAAAAUUUGAAAACACAUUGUACUGCGAAAGAAGUGUUAUGUCUGAUUCAGAGUGGCUGAAACGUAUUUCAAAAGCACUACAAAACGCACCCUCCAUACUGGAUCAAUUCAAGGAUCUAGUAGGCUUUAUAUCAGAUUACGAUCAAGACUCUUCCUCCUCCUCUGAUGAGCAACAACAAGAAUUCUCUCGCGUUGACUUGAUCCCCAUCCGAUCGAAAUUAGACAGACUAUCUCGAGAAACCUACCCUCAAUUUUACAUCAACUUUUAUCUGAUCAAGCAUGGCUCUUCCAGAUCCAUCAGAUUUUGA